GUAAACCCUGAUUGGCUGUACGGAAGGCGGCGACGUGGCCGAAGAAGGCCCGUUUGUGUCUAAACGGAGGGUCGGCCACAACGCCACUGGAUUGGUGGUAGGGCGGGGCGGGCUAGAGUCUCCAGCCUGAAGCGGAAGUGGAGGAAAGAUGGAGGACCAUCAGCACGUGCCCAUCGACAUCCAGACCAGCAAGCUGCUCGAUUGGCUGGUGGACAGAAGGCACUGCAGCCUGAAAUGGCAGAGUCUGGUGCUGACGAUCCGCGAGAAGAUCAAUGCUGCCAUCCAGGACAUGCCAGAGAGCGAAGAGAUCGCCCAGCUGCUGUCUGGGUCCUACAUUCACUACUUUCACUGCUUAAGAAUCCUGGACCUUCUCAAAGGCACAGAGGCCUCCACGAAAAAUAUUUUUGGCCGAUACUCUUCACAGCGAAUGAAGGAUUGGCAGGAGAUUAUAGCCCUGUAUGAGAAGGACAACACCUACUUAGUGGAACUCUCUAGCCUCCUGGUUCGGAAUGUCAACUAUGAGAUCCCCUCACUGAAGAAGCAGAUUGCCAAGUGCCAGCAGCUGCAGCAAGAAUACAGCCGCAAGGAGGAGGAGUGCCAGGCAGGGGCUGCCGAGAUGCGGGAGCAGUUCUACCAGUCCUGCAAGCAGUAUGGCAUCACGGGUGAAAAUGUCCGAGGAGAACUGCUGGCCCUGGUGAAGGACCUGCCAAGUCAGCUGGCUGAGAUUGGGGCAGCGGCUCAGCAGUCCCUGGGGGAAGCCAUCGACGUGUACCAGGCGUCUGUGGGGUUUGUGUGUGAGAGCCCCACAGAGCAGGUGUUGCCAAUGCUGCGGUUUGUGCAGAAGCGGGGAAACUCAACGGUGUACGAGUGGAGGACAGGGACAGAACCCUCUGUGGUGGAGCGACCCCACCUCGAGGAGCUUCCUGAGCAGGUGGCAGAAGACGCGAUUGACUGGGGCGACUUUGGGGUACAGGCAGUGUCUGAGGGGACUGACUCUGGAAUCUCUGCCGAGGCUGCUGGAAUCGACUGGGGCAUCUUCCCGGAAUCAGAUUCAAAGGACCCUGGAGGUGAUGGGAUAGACUGGGGAGAUGAUGCUGUUGCUUUGCAGAUCACAGUGCUGGAAGCAGGAACCCAGGCUCCAGAAGGUGUUGCCAGGGGCCCAGAUGCCCUGACACUUCUUGAAUACACUGAGACCCGGAAUCAGUUCCUUGAUGAGCUCAUGGAGCUUGAGAUCUUCUUAGCCCAGAGAGCAGUGGAGUUGAGUGAGGAGGCAGACGUCCUGUCUGUGAGCCAGUUCCAGCUGGCUCCAGCCAUCCUGCAGGGCCAGACCAAAGAGAAGAUGGUUACCAUGGUGUCAGUGCUGGAAGAUCUGAUUGGCAAGCUUACCAAUCUUCAACUGCAACACCUGUUUAUGAUCCUGGCCUCACCAAGGUAUGUGGACCGAGUGACUGAAUUCCUCCAGCAAAAGCUGAAGCAGUCCCAGCUACUGGCUUUGAAGAAAGAGCUGAUGGUACAGAAGCAGCAGGAGGCACUUGAGGAGCAGGCGGCUCUGGAGCCUAAGCUGGACCUGCUGCUGGAGAAGACCAAGGAGCUGCAGAAGCUGAUUGAAGCGGACAUCUCCAAGAGGUACAGUGGGCGCCCUGUGAACCUGAUGGGAACCUCUCUGUGACACCCUCCGUGUUCUUGCCUGCCCAUCUUCUCAGCUUUUGGGAUGAAGAUGAUAGCCAGGGCUGUUGUUUUGGGACCCUUCAAGGCAAAAGACCAGGCCGACUGGAAGGCAGAAAGCCACAGGAAGGAAGUGGCACCUGAUGGUGAUCUUGGCACUCUCCAUGUUCUCUACAAGAAGCUGUGGUGAUUGGCCCUGUGGCCUAUCAGGCAAAAACCGCAGCUUCUCCUUCUAGUUAGUAUAGUGGACUUAAUAAAAGAGGAAAAAACUCUUGCUUCAGUA